AUGCCAAAAAAGACAAAAGUUACUUUUCAGAAUAGUAUUCAAGGAAAAUUUAUUCCAAGAAAUGCUCCACCAUCUGGAUCAGUUUUUCCUUCAGGAGUUAAUGAUAAUCGAUUUAAUGCAAAAAUGGCUGAAUUACUUGCUUCAUCAUCAUUAAAUAAUGAUGAAAAUAAACUUGUUUCUGUAAAAUCUUCUCAAAAUAAUUCAACAUCAAAUGAAAUAUUAUCAAUCGAUUCAUCAUGUGUUCAUUCGAAAUUAUUUCAUCGACGUAUUGUUGCUAUGCUUGAAACAUUUAAAAAAUCUAAUGAUGAUUCUUCUAUAUCAUCAGUAAGAUCUUCUCAUAUUGAACAUAAAUCUCAACCAAUUACAUUUGGUCAAUUAAGACAAGCAACAAUAUUAUCUGCACCCGUACAAAUUAUUGAUGAUAAAUUAAUUUCUGAUCAAAUAAAAGAAGAUACAGAAGAAGAAAAACAUGAUAAAACUCUAUCAUCAUUUGUCAAAGAUACUAAAUUUAAUUUAAUUUCAACAAAAUCAAAAUCUUCUACAAAAAGUCAAAUAAAUAUAGAACGAUUGUAUUAUUCAUCUUCACUCGAACAAUUAUUAGAUCAACAAAAUAUUGUUACAGAAACAAAAAAUGAUGACAAACAAAUACAAAAAUCAACAUUAACUGUUGAUGAAAUUCUUGCUAUGCAUUAUGCUAAAGUAAAACAAUCCACAAAUAUAGACUCUAAUUUGUUAUCAUCGUCGAUUUAUUCUAAUACGAGUGUUACAAGUUGUCAUAUACAUCCAUCUAUACCACAAUGGAAUUCUUCUCAAAAUCAUCAACAUAUUAUUCCAUCUCCUCAAUUCAUAUUAAAUGAACAAAACAGAAAUCGACCACCGCCACCUUCCUAUUCAUCAAGUGUAGCUAAUGGUCAUCAAACGACUUCAACAGUGACUGAACCAGUUCAACGUCUCAUUCAUCCAUCUGUUUCAUCACCCUUAUUUGAACAUGUUUAUUCUGGUUCACCAAUAUCUCAACAUCUAUUAAGAGGCAAUUCUUCUUCGUCGUUUGCUCCAAUUAUAAAAAAUCCAAUAAGUAAUAGUACUAUUCGUCCUCCACCUCCACGUUAUCAAUCACCACCAUCAAAUUUUGAACGUUCGCAUUCAACAUCUAGUCAACCAUCAAACACUGUUAAUAAUGCAUCAGUAGGUUUUGAUCGUGAAUUUUCUCGUUUACUUUAUGGCAAAGACAUGAGAAAAACUCGACGUCAAAAACAAAAACGUAAAGCUUUUAGUGAUCCUGUUAAAAAAAGUAUUGAAGAAGCAAGGCAAUCAAUAGAAAAAACUCAUCAUCGAGUAACAAUGAAUUUAAAUAAAACUCAUACAGUUCAAGAAGAAGAAGAAGAAGAAAAUGAUGAUGAAAUUGAAACGAAAACUGAUCGAAUAGAUGUUCAUAAACAAGGAUUCAAUUUUCUUUCACGUAGACAUACUCAACGACAAUCCAAUCUCAUUAAAAAAAAUCUUGUACCAGCAAAUUCAUUAUUAAAACAACGAAUUCCAUCAUUUUUACGUAUUUAUUCUCAAGCAUCAUCAUGCAAUGAUGUUCUUCUUCAAUGGCAUUUAUUUAAUUUAUCUGAACUUGAAUCAUUCAAUGCAAUGAUGAGUAGAUUAUAUAAAAAUGAAAAUUUAGCUCGAGUACAACUUUAUGAACUAUAUCGAACAGCAUUAUUGUCCGUACUAGCAUCAAAAAAAUCUUUAACUACUAAUACUGAAAAUGAUGCUACUGCUACAAUAACUUCAUAA